CAAACCUGACUGUUGACAGAAUACGACGUGAGGUUUCAAACUUUAGGACAGCUGGAGGGGCUUCUGCGUAAACCCAAGGAUGAAGUUCCCAGUGGAUGUCCUGGCAGCUGUGAGCCACUCCGAGCUGGAGCAGAGGGCUCAGAGCUACAUGAGGGAGCUACUGUACAGCAAUCCAGAGUGUCCAGAACAGCUGACCCUCCCUGAUUCCACCAAGGUGGACAUAAGCAUUUCCAGUGUGGGCUUAGUGCCUCUAUAUGGAUCGUGUGACACACAGAAGGUCCUGGCUCUGUUCGCCCCAGCAGACCCCUUCACUCCAGUGGCCUUGUACCUCCUGGAUCAGUGGUGGGCUGUGGGUGAUCUCCUCCACACUGCAGACAACUCCCGAGAUGGCCUGGUGCAGGUGGACACAUUGGGCGAGAGGAUCGUUCUGUAUGUGCUCAACCGCAUUGUCUACAGAGUCCAGGAGAUGAGCUCAGAUGAGCUGCCCUUCCUCUGCCACGGAGAGCAAGACUUUGCAAAGAUUCUGUGGAAUGGACAGGCAGUAGGCUUCUACUCAGUCAAACCCACAGGCAGCCCGUGCAGCUCCUUCUCCAGCCGCACUUACCCCCUGUCUGUGAUGGACUCUGUGUUUGUGAGGAAAUGUCACCGUGGGAAAGGCCUGGGCUUGCAUAUGCUGGAGGAUUUUGUGGAUAGUUUCAAAGAGGACCAUCUAGGUCUCAGGUAUCCUCUGACCACAGCCAUGUAUAAAGUGUGCCAGUGCUAUCUGCGGGCCUUCCCUAGAGACUCCGAGCUGCUGUGGGAGGUGGACAGCUCCAGGUUCAGCCAAAGAACGUCUAUCUCCAGCAGGAUUCACAGCAUGAAUCUGAGAGGAGCAUCCAGAACUGUCACAUGCUCUGAGUCUGCAGUGAGCGGCUCUGUACAUCACACAGAGGAGAACGUGGAGGAGAUUACCAUAGUGAAGACUGCUAAAGGCACUGGCCCAGGCCGACAGAAGAACACAGAUGAGCAGUGCUCCACAGAUAUACGAAUCAGUGAGGAGGUCACGAUGCUUAGAUUAGUGCAGAACACUGAAGUGGCGCAAACAGAGGAGCUGCUGGAGGUCACCACUGAAAAUGGGAGGAGUAUUGUUUUUACUGAACUUGACGAAGACACAAUGUUUGACAAAGUGACAGCUUUAUCGAGGUCACAGGAAGACUCUAAGGUUACGCAGAACUUGAACAUUUUAUGCAGUUCUGCGAUUACGGUGGAAAAUGUGGCCUCAGAGAUCGAAGAGUGUCUUCAUUCUCAGGAAGAUCACACAGUAGAGAGCAGCAAUAAAACUGCUACACCAGAGGGCACAGUCUCUAUACAGAGAGUCUUAAGAACCAGAACUGUUGUCAACAUUCCACAACCGUUAAAUUUAGGUGAUGUUGAUGGUGAUGUGGAGAAAUCAGUGGAUGAGUUUGGAAUAACACAAGAACUUAAACAUGAAGAGAACGUAACAGCUGAAAUCCAGACCAAGAAUACAAUGGAGGAGACCCAGGUCCUACACAGAAUGCCUCUGAGAGGCUCCAUUGCAACACCCAAACCCACCAGAGCCAGCAUGAGAUUGAACCAAGUACAAAGAUCUACAGUUGAGGCUGGCACACAAAAACAUGGACGAGACACUGAGGAACAUGAAAGCCAAGAGACAGAAGACACAGUGGAAUUCACUGGAGGGAAUGUCUGCUUGGCUGCUGAGGUUACAAAUGAAGCGGAAAAACAAGAGGCAACCGACAUAGUGGCACUAGACAAAGCCGCUUCAGAGGAACUGUCAAAAGGAUGUGUAGUACCAGAGAUUCCACCUGAGGCAGAAGACAAUGAUGAUGCCGAGUCUGAAACUUUUCAAAAGGUUCUUCAGUUGGGCCCAUCUCAAACUGAGGACCUUGAAGAAGCCCCUGAAGAGGUCUCUGAUACAGCUGCAGUCACUGAAGAAGCCUUAUGUGUAACCACAAUGGAGCAUGAAAGCCUUUCACCUACACAGGGUGAAACUGAAGUGGUUGAAGUGGUUCAAACAAGAACUUUGAGAAGUGGGGCCAGAGCCAACAGCUCUGUCGAAACCCCAAGAACGACCAGAAGUAGACAGCAGAAGGUAAAGGAAGAGAUUGUUCAAACACAAACCAUAAAACGAGGUAAGAAGUCAACUGGAAAGAAACAAGUAAGCAAAUUAAAGGGCCAAACCCAGGAGUUUGAAGCUUCUUCAGCAGAGGAGGAUAUAACAGACCAGAUGUCCUUACCAGCUGAAGUUAGUGAAGAUUGGGCAAACAACAAUGAACCAGUCAAUCAUUCUGAGUCUCAAGUGGCAAAAAAAACCCAGGAUACUGUUUCAAAGGAGGACAACAAAGAUCAAGAACCUGCACUGGUAGAAGACAAUGAAGAAGAGGUAAAAGGUGAGAUAGACAUCACAGAAGAAGAGACAGCUGUUGUAGAACAUUCUAGUGCUGAGGCUGUAGAGGAGGAGAAGACAGAGGAGGCAUCAUCUUCAGCUGAAGUGGAACCUGUUCUUCCAAGCAUUACUGAGCCAGAGGACACACAACAAACUGAGGGCACUAUGGAGACAGACAAGGAGUCCCAGCCUGUGAUGGAACUCAACUUAGAAGAAUCAGGCAUAGACAAAGAGCUUGAAGAAGAAUCUGUUCCAAAACAAUCAGAUGAAACAACACCAAUAGUAGAGACCAGGUCUUUAAGAAGUGGACCCAAGACUGUCACAGCUACACCCAGACAUAGUCACACAGAAGAAAACCAGACAGCCCAACCAGCGACACCAGACAGACUACAAGAGGAACCACAAAAUGAACAAGACACCACAGAGGAACAGUCAAAAGAAUGUGUAGCACCAGAGAUUCCCUCUGAGGUGGUCGACAAUGACAAUGCCCAGUUUGAAACUAAGACCACUGAGGUAGUAGAUAAUGAUCAUGCCCAGUUUGAAACAAAGAUCGCUGCAGAGGUUGUUCUUUUGGUUCCAUCUCAAACCAAGGACACUGAAGAAACCCCUGAUAAAUGUCCCGAAGAUGUCUCUGGUGCUGCUGAAGCCCCACAUGUUGUUACAACUGAGCAUGAAAACCUGUCAUCCAGUGAAACAAAAAAAGUGAUUGAAACAAGAGCUUUAAGAAGUGGAGUCAGACCAAUCAGCACAGUUUUAACCCCCAGAACAACCAGAAGUAGCAAAAGAAAGCUAGAGGAAGAGAUUGUUGAAAAAACAACCUUAAAACGAGGCAAGAAAUCAAUUGGAAGAAGUCGAGUAAGUAGGUCUAAGGUACAGACCCAGGAGCUCGAAGCUUCUUCAGCAGAGGAGGAUAUUACAGAGGAGGUCCAGACAGAGACAUCUGAACUAACAACUAUUGAAAAUAAUGACAUGUCAUUAUCAACCGAAGUGGAUGAAGAUGGCACUGGCAAAGAUAUACCAAUCAAAGAUUUAGAACCCACUGUUUCAAAUGAGGACAACAAAGAUCAAGCACCUGCACUGAUAGAAGAGAAUACUUUGCACAAAGAAGAUGAAGAGGUAAAAAAUGAGACAGACAUCACAGAAACAGCUGUUGUAGACAGUUCCAGUGCUGAGGCUGUAGAUGAGGAGAAGACAGAAGAGACAUCAUCUACAGCUGAAGGUGAAUCUGUUCUUCUAAGCACUAUUGAGCCAGAGGACACACAACAAAUUGAGAACACUAUGGAGAUAGACAAGGAGUCCCAUCCUGAAGCUCUGGCAGAACUCAACACAGAAGAAUCAGGCAUAGACAAAGAGCCUGAACAAGAAUCUGUUCCAGAACAAUCAGAGGAAACAACACCAAUAGUAGAGACCAGAUCUUUAAGAAGUGGACCUAAGACUGUCACAGCCACACCCAGAUGCAUAUACAAAGAAGAAAAUCAUACAGUCCAACCAGAAAUGCCAGACAGACCACAGGAGGAACCACAAAAUGAACAAGACUCCUCAGAGGAACAGUCAAAAGAAUGUGUAGCAUCAGAGAUUCCCUCUGACGUAGUAGACAAUGAUGAUGCCCAGUCUGAAACUAAGAUUGCUGCAGAGCUUGUUCAGUUAAUCCCGUGUCAAACCAAGGACCCUGAAGAAACACCCGAAGAAUGUCCUGAAGGUAGUGCUGCUGUUGCCUUUGAAGAAGCCCCACCUGUAGUGACAGCUGAGCAUGAAAACCUUUCAUUCAAUGAAACUGAAAAAGUGAUUGAAACAAGAGCCUUAAGAAGUGGAGCCAAACCCAUCAGCCCAGUUCUAACCCCUAGAACAACUAGAACUAGUAGUAAACAAAAAGUAGAGGAAGAAAUAGAAAAACCAACCACAAAACAAGGCCAAAAGUCAACUGGAAGAAAACGAGCAAGUAGGUCUAAGGCACAAACCCAUGAGCCUGGACCUUCUUCAGCAGAGGAUAGCAUGACCAAGAAGGUCCAGACAGAGACUCCUGGACACACAGCUAUUGAAAAUAAUGACAUGUCUUUAUCAACAGAAGUGGGUGAAGAUGGGGCUGGUAAAAAUAAAACAAUCGAAGAUUUAGAAACCACUGUUUCAAAUGAGGACAGCAAAGAUCAAGAACCUGUUCUGGUAGAAGAGGAUACUUUGCACAAAGACAAUGAAGAGAUAAGCGGUGAGACAGACAGUACUGAAGCUGUAGACCAGGAGAAGACACAGAAGGCAUCAUCUGCAGCUGAAGUAGAAUCUGUUCUUCUAAGCACUAUUGGGGCAGAGAACACACAACAAACUGAGAGCACUAUGGAGACAGACAAGGACUCCCAGGCUGUGAUGGAACUCAAUACAGAAGAGUCAGGUAUAGACAAAGAGCUUGAAGAAGAAUCUGUUCCAGAACAAACAGAUGAAACAACACCAAUACCAGAGACCAGAUCUUUAAGAAGUGGACCCAAGACUGUCACAGUUACACCCAGACACAGACACACAGGAGAAAAUGAGACAGUUCAACCAGAGACGCCAGUCAGACCACAGGAGGAACCACAAAAUGAACAAGACUCCUCAGAGAAACAGUCAAAAGAAUGUGUAACACCAGAGAUUCCCUCUGAGGUAGUAGACAAUGACGAUACCCAGUCUGAAACUAAGAUUGCUACAGAGGUUGUUCAGUUGGUCCCAUCUCAAACCAAGGACCCUGAAGAAUGUCUUGAAGAGGUCUCUGGUGCUGCUGAAGCUCCACCUGUAGUUACAGCUGAGCAUGAAAACCUUUCAUCCAGUGAAACUGAAAAAGUGGUUGAAACAAGAGCUUUAAGAAGUGGAGCAAGACCCAUCAGCACAAUAUUAACCCCCAGAACAACCAGAAGUAGUAAGCAAAAGGUAGAGGAACAUAUUGUUGAAAAAACAACAAAUAAACGAGGCAAGAAGUCAACUGGAAGAAGAAGAGAAAGCAGGUAUAAGGCAGAGACCCAAGAGCCUGAACCUUUUUCAGCAGAGGAUAGCAUAACUGAGGAGAUCCAGACUGAGACAUCAGGACACACAGCUAUUGAAAAUAAUGACAUGUCUUUAUCAACAGAAGUGGGUGAAGAUGGGGCUGGUAAAGAUAAAACAAUCGAAGAUUUAGAAACCACUGUUUCAAAUGAGGACAGCAAAGAUCCACAACCUGAACUGGUUGAAGAGGAUGCUUUGAACAAAGACAACGAAGAGGUAAAAGGUGAGACAGACAUUACAGAGGAUGGCACAGCUAUUGUAGAACAUUCUAGUGCUGAGGCUGUAGAGGAGAAGAAGACAGAGGAGGCAUCAUCUGCAGCUGAAGUUGAAUCUUCUCUUCAAAGCACUACUGAGGCAGAAGACACACAACAAACUGAGAGCACUAUGGAGACAGACAAGGAGUCUCAGCCUGAAGCUGAGAUGGAACUCAACAUAGAAGAUUCAGGCAUAGACAAAGAGCCUGAACAAGAAUCUGUUCCAGGACAAUCAGAUGAAACAACACCAAUAGUAGAGACAAGCCAACCAGAGACACAAGACAAACCACAGGAGGAACCACAAAAUGAAAAAGACUCCACAGAGGAACAGUCAAACGAACUGUUAGAGAUUCCCUCUGAGGUAGUAGACAGUGAUGAUGCCCAGCCUGAAACUAAGAUUGCUACAGAGCUCGUUCAGUUGAUCCCAUCUCAAACCAAGGACACUGAAGAAACCCCUGAUAAAUGUCCUGAAAAUGUCUCUAGUGCUGCUGAAGCCCCACAUGUAGUUACACCUGAGCAUAUAAACCUCUCAUCCAGUGUACCUGAAAAAGUGAUUGAAACAAGAGCUUUAAGAAGUGGAGCCAGACCCAUCAGCACAGUUCUGACCCCCAGGACAACCAGAAGUAGUAAACGAAAGGUUGAGGAAGAGAUUGUUGAAAAAACAAGCCAUAAAACGAGGCAAGAAGUCAACUGGAAGAAAGCGACUAAGUAG